AUGUCUGCAUUACCUCCAGUAUACUCAUUCCCUCCACUAUAUACCCGUCAACCCAAUUCUUUAACAAGGAGACAACAGAUAAGUACGUGGAUAGACAUCAUAUCACAAUAUUGCAAGACCAAGAAAAUUUGGUACAUGUCUGUUGACGGGACUGUAAUCAAUGACAACGAACUAGAUAGUGGAAGUACAGAUAAUGACGAUUCAAAAAAAAUCUCGAAAAAUCUUUUUAAUAAUGAGGACAUCCAAAGAUCUGUAUCACAGGUAUUUAUUGAUGAAAUUUGGUCGCAAAUGACCAAAGAAGGCAAAUGCUUACCGAUUGACCAAAGUGGUAGGAGAAGCAGCAAUACCACCACUACGAGAUAUUUUAUAUUAUGGAAGAGCUUAGACAGUUGGGCUUCUUUGAUACUACAGUGGUUCGAAGACUCUGGAAAACUGAAUCAAGUCAUUACGUUAUACGAAUUGAGUGAAGGUGAUGAAACAGUCAAUUGGGAGUUCCAUAGAAUGCCCGAAAGCUUGCUCUAUUAUUGUUUGAAGCCCCUAUGCGAUAGAAAUAGGGCCACAAUGCUGAAAGAUGAAAAUGAUAAAGUAAUUGCCAUUAAGGUUGUUUAA